CACUUCGGGCUCUCUGAAACUAACCUCGCUUCUCGAUCCAUCCUCUUUGAAACUUCCUUUGUUCACAAUUUCAUUUCGUUUCGUUUCUCCCAAGUUGUUUUUUUUUCUGACCAAUUAAAGAAACCUCGAUGUCACCUCUGCUAUUCUCACCAUUUGAUCCAUUUGCUAGUGGAUCAUCUCUGUGAAGCUUCUACUUUUUUUUCACCACUUCAUUUUGUUUCGUUUCUUCCAAAUUGUUUUGCCCAUCAUUUCUGAAAAUUUCUUGCCCAAAAAACGAAAAAAAAAAGAAAAAAACCCAGUUCCUUUCAUAUUCACUUUGAUUCUGUCCAACCUCUUUAUCUCACUUCUGCUAUUCUCACCAUCUCGUUCAUUUGGUGGUUCUUUUCUUGUCUCUGUACUUCUGUUAUCUGUGUAUUGUUUUGUGUCUGUUUUCCAAUAUUCAAAAAAAAAAAAAAAAAAAGGAGGAAAUGUCGGGCACCGAAUGCUGUAUUGAUGUUGCUGGCAAAGUUGCAGAGAACCUGGUUGAUCGAACUUUCAAUGUAAUCUGGAACAGAAUAGCUCGUGUGUUCAAAUGGAAGACUAAUUUAAAGAAUCUGGAGAAAGAAGUUCAGAAGCUGGUCACUGAAAGAGAUAGUGUGCUGCAAGUUAUGGAAGCUGCUGAGAGAAGAGGGGAAGAGCCUGUGCAGAAGGUCAAGAUUUGGCUGACUAAAGCAAAGGAGUACAUUGGAGAGAUGGAGAAGUUAGAGGAUGAUGAAGACAAAGCCAAGAAGAAGUGUUUCCUAGGGGUCUGUCCUAAUCCCAGGGCACGUUACCAAAUCAGCAAGAAAGUGGAGGGGUAUUUGGUGGAUGUUACUGAACUCCUACAAGAAGCUCGCAAUUUCAACUUCCCAGGUUUCUACUGUCCUCCAGCAUCUACAGCGCCAGUUAAUAAGGGUUUUGAGGACUUUGGGUCAAGAACGCCUUAUUUGGACAGUAUUAUGGAGGCCUUGAGAAGUACUGGCACUGACAAGAUAGGUGUUUAUGGGAUGCCUGGUGUUGGAAAGACCAUGUUAGCCAAAGAAGUUGCCAGACGAGCUGAGGAAGCCGACUUAUUUGAUUCAGUUGUAUUCGCUUCUGUGACAAGGGAUCGAGACUUUAGAAGAAUUCAAGGAGAAAUUGCUGACAACUUAGAUCUAGUGCUUAAUAAGGAGACUGUAGUUGGGAGAGCAAGGCAACUAAAGGAUUAUCUGAAGAAAAAGAAGAGGAUUCUUGUGAUUUUAGAUGACAUCUGGUCGAGGCUAGAUUUGGAUGAACUUGGAAUUCCUUUUGAAGAACAGAUGCAAUGCAAGAUUCUCUACACAUCUAGAUUUCUCGAUGUCUUAUCACGUGACAUGGAUACUAAUCAAAAUUUUGAUGUUCGCCCAUUGGGAGAUGAUGAAGCACGGGAGCUUUUGAAGAAGAUAGUUGGCGAUGAGAUUGAAAAGUCUGGCUUGCGGGAUACAGCAAUGGAGAUUGCCAAAGAAUGUGCUGGGCUCCCCCUCGCCAUUCAAACUCUUGGCAAGGCUUUGAGAGGAAAGGAUUCUUAUGAAUGGAGGAAUGCUCUGCGACAACUGCAAACGCCCUCUCCAGAGAACUUCACGGGGAUCUCUGCAAAUGUUUAUUCUGCAAUUGAAUUGAGUUACAACUACUUAGAAGGAGUAGAAUUAAAGCAAACUUUCUUGCUUUGUAGUCUGUUCGGACAGAAUGCUUAUAUAGAAGACUUGCUAACAUAUGGUAUUGGCUUGGGCUUAUUUCAGAAUGUCAGCACAAUAGGAGAAGCACGAGACAGACUACUAACACGGGUUAGAAAUCUAAAAUCUUGUUCUUUGCUGCUUGAUGGGAAUAGCGAUACUCGCGUUAAAUUGCAUGAUAUUGUCUUUGAUGUCGCCGUGGCCAUUGCCUCAAAGGACCCUCAUGUGUUGUCAUUAAUAGAUGACAACGUACCCCAAAAGUGGUCAGAUAGGGAGGCCAUGGGAGAUGUCAAAUGGAUUAGUAUGCGACAUGCUAAUAUUAGUGAGCUCCCUGAUGAGCUGGAAUGUCGGCAACUUACCUUAUUCCAUUUAGCUAGCAAGAAUCCUUCUACGAAAAUUCCAGACAAUUUUUUCCGGGGAAUGCCAAAUCUCAGAGUCUUGAAUUUUACCACGAUGUAUUUCUCAUCCAUGCCUUCAUCAAUUUGCCUUCUGAAAAACCUCCGUGCAUUACGUAUCAAUGACAGUGCUAUAAAAGAAAUAGCUAUUGUUGCAGAGCUGAGUGGUUUGGAAGUCCUUAGCCUUUCAAGAAGUGAUAUUGAAGAGUUGCCAACGGAAAUUGGACAUCUGACCCAACUAAAGUUUUUAGAUUUGAAUUAUUGUACCAAGCUCAAAGUGAUACGACCCCAUGUCUUAGAGAGUUUGUCCAGGCUAGAAGAACUGUAUCUGCGAAACAGCUUCAAUCAAUGGGGUGCUAACGGACUUGGAAAUCAAAGAAAUGCUAGCCUUGCUGAGUUGAAGAAUUUGCAUAACCUAGUUGCCUUAGAUGUGGAUGCAUGUGAUGUCCAAAUUAUUCCAGAAGACUUAUUCUCUGAAAGGUUGAAUAGAUACAAGAUAUUCAUUGGAAAGGUGUGGAACAGAUGGGAUUGUUCUUUCGGAGGCUCAAAAAUAUUGAAGCUGGAGUUGAAUACAAGAAUUACUCGUGACCAUUCUAUUUGCAUGUUGUUAAAGAAAACAGAAGAACUACAUGUUGAGAAACUGAAGGGUGUGAAGAAUAUAGUUCCUGAGUUAGAUGUUGAAGAUUUUCAGGAACUGAAGUAUCUUUACGUUAAAAAUGCUCCUGAGAUUCAGCAUAUCAUUAACUCAGUGGGGCAGAUUCCUUGCCAUGUAUUUCCCUUCUUAGAAGUACUAUUUCUUCGGGAUUUGGAUGAUAUGGUGAAGAUUUGUCAUGGCCAUCUUGCAGAAACGUCUUUUAGAGGAUUGAGAACUAUAACCAUUGAAUAUUGUAAUCAGCUAGAGAGUUUGUUCCCGUUCUCCAUAGCUAGACGACUUCUUCAACUUGAAGAAAUUGGAGUAACAAAUUGCUCUAGCAUGUUAGAGAUUGUUGAUGAGGAAGGGCAAGUGACCACUAAUGAUAUAGCUGAAGCAGAUGAGAAUUUUGAGUUUGCCCAUCUACAGUUCUUGAAAUUGCAGUAUUUGCCAAAGUUCAUUAGAUUGUGCCAUGGACUUGUGGAAGCAAAUGAUUCAAGGUCCAUGCCUGUAUCACUUUUCAAUGAAAAGGUCCUUCCUAAAUUAGAGAACCUGACAUUAAGAAGUGAUGAGUUGGCAAUGAUAUUUGAUGAGCAAUUUCCAAGGGACCUCUUUUGCAAUGUUAAAGUUCUUCAUCUUCCUACUUAUAGAGAUAAAUCACCUAUGUUUUCAAUUCGCUUCCUUCAAUGUUUCCGCAAGCUGGAAAAGCUUCAUGUAGCUCGUGCUGAUUUGGAGGAGUUAUUCCCUUCUGAAGGAGACGCUGAUGGUCAAGAGAAAUGUGUGGGAACACAGUUACAUAUUAGAGAGUUGAAUUUGGAAUCAUGUGAUAAUCUGAGGCAUAUAUGUAACCAAGACUCAAGAGCAGCUGACCUAAUUCUUCAAAAUCUUAAAAUUCUGAAAGUGAAGUUCUGUUCUGGCUUGAUUAGCUUAACAGCAUCUACGGUACCUUUCCGCAAUCUCACCACUUUGGAUGUAUGUGGUUGCUCAGGGUUAAGAAACUUGGUUUCAUUCUCAACAGCUCAAAGCCUGGUUCAACUUGAAACAAUGCGCAUAGAUUAUUGCGACUCGCUGACUGAAGUAGUUGGAGACGAAAGAGAUGGCUUAGAAGAUGAGAUCAUUUUUAUGAAAUUGAAAGUUUUGAAACUCAUAUUGUUAACAAAGCUCACAAGCUUCUGUUCAAGACUUAAUUUUGCCUUCAAUUUCCCAUGUUUAGAACACUUGGUUGUGAAUCGCUGUCCCAACAUGGAGACCUUCUGUAAGGGAGUCCUAAAGACUCCAAUGCUGCAGAGAAUAUCACUGAAUGACUACGAUGAGGGGCGUUAUUCUCUGCAUGACUACGAUAAGGGGCGUCUGGUUGGAUACGCUUGGUUAAGCCAUUUGAAACUCUCGGAGCUUCCUAAAUUGAUGGAAAUAUGGAACAAGAACCCUCAAGAUAUAUUGAAUUUCCAAAUCAUUUAUUUGCUGGAAAUUUGUAACUGUGAUAGCUUUAGAUACCUCUUAACUCCACCCAUGGUGUUGAGUCUUUCUCAACUCAAGGAAUUGAGGGUACACAACUGUGAAAUGAUAGAGCAAAUCAUCACAGAAGAGGAAGAGGUACCAGAAAAUAAAAUGAUAUUCUACCAGCUAUGGUCCCUUACCCUGAAGUCUUGUCCCAACUUGACAAGUUUUAUUGUGGGAAGUUAUAAACUUCAGUUUCCAUCAUUGUCUUCUAUCGACAUGGAUAAUUGUCCAAAGAUGGUAUCAUUUUCAACAUUUUCAAUAAUGCAAGAGAAAGAGACAACUAUUGGAGGAAGUGAAGAAAGGCUUGAUAUCCCUACUGAACCAUUUUUCAGUGAUCAGGUGGGAUUCCCUAAUUUAUGGAGGCUUGAAAUUCGGGGGAUGAGGAGCUUGAUCAGGAUAUGGGAUGAACAACUUGAUGAAGAUUCCUUCCACAAACUAUUCCAUCUAUGUGUAGAACAUUGUGAAAAACUAGUGAAUAUUUUUCCAGUUAAUAUGGUUGGGAGGCUACAAAACCUAGGCUGGCUGCUGAUAAGUGAUUGUGUUUCGCUAGAAGAAAUAUUUGAACCUCAAGGACUAGAUGCUGAUGAAUCAGAAGCACAAAUAACUGCUCAAUCAGCUUUGGUGGAAACAACUCCUAAUGUUGUCUUUCCAAAAGUACGAGUUUUGGAACUUCAGUGGCUACCCAAUCUCAAGAGUUUCUACACUCAAAUACAUACUACAGAAUGGCCAUCAUUGAAAAAAUUGAAUGUGAGUGGAUGUGAUAAAUUGCAGAUACUAGCUUCAGAACUUCCGAGAAUAAGUGAAGAGAACCAACUUGAAAUCCAAAUUGAACAUCCUCUGUUCUGGGUCAGUAAGGCUACAUUCCCCAAUCUAGAAGAACUGAUAGUGGAGCGGAAUGAUAGCCUGAAGGAGAUAUGGCACGAUGAUGAUGAUGUCAAGAAUGACAUUAUUUUUACCAAACUGAAGUCUUUGCAACUUAAAUGUCUUUCAAGACUAGCAAGCUUCUGCUUAGGGAAUUGCUGCUUUGAAUUCUCGUCUUUGGAAGAUGUAAUUGUGGUGGGGUGUCCAAAUAUGAUGACUUUCUCUAGGGGAGAAGUAAGUACACCUAACCUGCAGAAAGUAAAAUUCACAGAAGAUGAAGGUGUAGAAUGUUGGGAAGGUGGCCUUAACCCCACAAUACAACAAUUGUUUGCGGAAAAGGUUGGAUAUGCUGUGGUAGAGCAUCUGACACUCUUACAGUUUCUUGAGUUGAUGGGAAUAAGGAGCAAGAAACCUCAAGAGAUCUUGAAUUUCAGAUGGCUUUGCUCUCUAGAAAUUUGUAAUUGUGGUAACUUGAGAUACUUGUUAACUCUUUCUAUGGCAUUGAGCCUUGUUUCUCUCAAAAAGAUGACAGUACAAAACUGUGAAUUGCUGGAGCAAGUCAUCUCAGAAGAAGGGGCCAACUUGAAGGACGGCAUUGUUUUCACCAAACUGAAGUCUUUGGAACUUAAAGGUUUACCGAGACUUGAAGGCUUCUGUUCGGGCAAUUGCAACUUUGAAUUCACAUCUUUGGAAGAUGUAAUUGUGAUGGCAUGUCCAUAUAUGAUGACUUUCUCUGGGGGAGAAGUAAGUACACCAAAACUGCAUAAAGUGAAAUUAACAGGAGAUGAUGAAGAUGAAGGAUGUUGGGAAGGUGGUCUUAACCCUACAAUACAGGUUUUGUUCACAAAAAAGAGUGUUGUUGACUCUAAAGAAGACUGAAAUUUAUGCUUUAUAAAAGCUGGUGUUGGUUUGAUCUUCAAUAUGGUCAUGUGGCUCUGGGUUUUAGUGACUGCAAGCUGCAAGCUGCAAAUUUUCUUAGCACCUAUAAUAUUAUUUAGAUUUCUGAAACUAGCCUUCAGAGUUUUUGAACUCCUUGUGUGACUUUGUCUUGUUAGUAUUUAAUUUCGUGUCCUGGUUUGGUAUUGUGGUGUUAAGGACAAUAUUUAAAUCUUGUGUUAUCAGAAUAUAUGUAUCUUAAUACAGAAAAUGUGGUGUCUAAACUUUGGUAUUGUAGCCUCUAGACAUUUUUCUUUUCUUUUGCUGGCUUGGUUUUGAACAUGAUGUUGCAACAAGAUUUCAUAUGAAUCGAGCUAUAUACAUUGUCUUAUUAACCUUAGUUGUAGUUUCUUGACUUUCGCAAAUCCUGAUGCUGUUUGGGUUCUACUGAUUAUUGUGGAACUUUUCUAUGAUUCAACAGUUCGAGACAGUGCUCUUCAUCAUAAUUGAUUAUAUGCGUUUUCUUCUUGAGGAGCGGGGAAUAGUAAUUGUUAAGUUACACCGUGGACAAGAAUUGAGGCUGAGGGCAAUAGCCAGAAAAGGCAUUGGGAAGGACCAUGCAAAAUGAUCUCCUGCUGCAACUGUGACCUUCAUGUAUGAACCUGAGAUCUAUAUAAAUGAAGAUAUGAUGGAAACAUUGACGCUUGAAGAGAAAACAAGUUUGUUUGAGAGUAGUCCUACCAAAGUGUUUGACAUUGAUCCUAAUACCCAACAGGUCAGCUCUUCUCUCUCUGCUUUUCUUCUUCAUUUUUUUUUUUCCUUCAAUUAUCUUUUUGGUUUGUUUGGUUCAUCUGGUAUAUGCUUUCUUGCAAAAUCUCUAGAGUUGCUAUAAAACAGUGUUUCUCACAUUAUAUUAACUAAUCUAUAGGCAG